CGCCCCUGGGGCCCGCGGCCGCGGCCGCUUCGGCGGCGGCUGCGGCCGCGAGCACCGCGGCCUCUGCGGCUGCCGCUGCGGUCAGACGGCCGGGAAGAGGCCCAAAGGCUCAAAACGCCAAGCGGCCAGCCGCCAGCAGCACCGCGGAGGGAGCCGUGGACAAGAGGAUGGCUCUGCUCGCUGCUGACACUCGCAUCUCCGACAUGCUGGGGGAGCUGCACCAGCUCAUCAAGCAGACGCAGGAGGAGAGGUCGCGGAGUGAACACAAUCUGGUGAACAUUCAGAAGACUCACGAGCGCAUGCAGACAGAGCAGAAGAUCACCCCCUACUACCGGACGAAGCUCAAGGGCCUCUACACCACAGCCCGGGCUGACGCGGAGGCUGAGUGCAACAUCUUACGCAAAACUCUGGACAAGAUCGCAGAGAUAAAAACACAAAUCGACGAGAGGAGAAUUGCAGCGCGAAAUGCCGGCUCCUACGACUCGGAGCCUCCACGCAAGACGAUGCGGCGUGGAGUGCUCAUGACCAUCCUCCAGCAGUCCGCCCUCACCCUGCCCCUGUGGAUCGGCAAGCCGGGGGAGAAGCCGCCCCCGCUGUGUGGCGCCAUCUCGGCCGCUGGCGACUACGUGGCCAAGCCCCGGGACAAGGUGGCCGCACGUGUCAAGGGGCUCGAUGGAGACGAGCAGUGGAUCCUGGCUGAGGUGGUGACCUACAACCACGCAGCAAACAAGUACGAGGUGGACGACAUAGAUGAAGAAGGGAAAGAACGUCACAGUCUGUCUCGCCGCCGAGUGAUUCCGCUGCCUCAGUGGAAGGCGAAUCCGGAGACCGACCCCGAGUCCCUAUUCCAGAAAGACCAGUUGGUGCUGGCGCUGUACCCACAGACCACCUGCUUCUAUCGCGCGCUCAUCCACGCUCCACCGCACAGGCCACAGGAGGACUACUCAGUGCUGUUUGAGGACACUUCCUACGCCGAUGGUUACUCACCACCCCUCACCGUCGCACAGAGAUAUGUGGUGGCCUGCCGGGAGACCAAGAAGAAGUAGCUCCUCCUCACCACCACCUCCUCACCACCACCUCCUCACCACCACCGCCUCCUCCUCACCACCGCCUCCUCACCACCACCACCGCCUCCUCACCAC